AUAUGUGCUGACGCUAUUAUUGAGAUACUACAACACAAAAAUCUGAAAAAAUACAUUCAUUCUCAUAAUGUAUACAACCUAAUACAACAAACUAGAUGUCAAAGUGGAACCACAAGUGAUGCUGGAUUAUUAUAUCUUUCUCUUAUGAAAGAGAAACAAGAAAACCCAACCUUUUAUAUUGAUGCUCGCUUUGAAGAUCAGGACAAUCACCUUGUAUCUCUUUGCUGGAUGCGUCUUAGUCAACAAAAACUAUAG